UGUAGUGUCUUCUCUUAAACCAAAUGUUGUUUUAUUUAAUAUCUCUCUCUCUCUCUCUCUCAGUUCUCACUAAAGGUCAAUGGACAGUAAGUGAAGUACUAGAUUCUACUGAUCUUACUAAAGAGGCCUAUCAACACAAAUAUCAAUCAUUCCUUAAAACAAGACAAUGGUCGCAAGAUCAUUGUUCUAUAGUCUAUCCAACAGAAAAGGAAGUACAACAGCAGCAGUACAUACAAGUACUGCAACACGAGUUAAGAGUAUUUGAAGUAAAUAAAACCUUACUUCAGGAAGCACUCUUUGAGGCUAGUCAGCAAGGUGAUGUUACUGAUGAUACUUACACUAAGACUCCUCCUCCUCCUGCUAGUGUUGAUGAUUCUAAAGUGAAGAGUUCAAUACAAGAAUGGAAGAACAUUACUGAAGAGAUUGAGAAACUUAAAGCUAAUAUAACGAUGCUGACUGAAGAGAAAUCACAAUUAGAGGAAAAGAAUGAGAAUUCAACUGAAGAGAAUGAGAAACUUAAAGCUAAAGUUGUUGAUAGUGAAACUUAUAUAGCCACACUGACAGAGGAGAAAACUUUAACUAAUGAAGAGCUUAAGCAGCUUAAUAUAGUAAUUGCUAAACUGACAAAAGAGAAAUUACAACUAAAGGAAGAGUUGCAGUCAAUGAAAGACACCACAACUACUGAAGAUAAUGAGAAGGAAUUAAAGGAGAGAGAGCCAGUCAAAGAUAUUGGUAUUCAGUUUGAUUAUAUUGUUCCUUCAAUGGGUAAGAGAUACAUGUACAUAGUAAUUUUAAUACCAUUGUUAUAAGCUUUGGAAUUUGUU